AUGGAUUAUGUCUCAUCGAUUGUCUUCAAGUCUUACAAGAUAACACUGCGCCGAGCAAGAGGACAGAAGGGUCACGGCGGCGGGAUGUUGUUAAGGAGCGUGGUGUUCAUUUCAUUCCUCAUAGCACAAGGAAUGCGUGAGUGUGAUGGAGGACCCGCCAGGUGCCACACUUCAUUUCUGAGUGGGGAGUUGGUGCGGGCCACAGUUCAGGUGGCCUCCACGACGCCCCUGAAGGGAUUCUAUGUCGUGUUCCAGAGUGCGCCAGAUGAGUGCCUGCUGAGUGCCCUGGAGGCCAGUGGGCUGGGUGCCAGGUUGCUGUCGAGUGCAGGGAGUUGGAAGAGUACCCUUGAGAGUGUUCCCUAUGGCACGGCUUCUCAGCACCUGCUUAUUGGGAACCUCACCUGGAUUGCCGACAUGGUAUCACAGGCGAGUCUCAUGAUGGCGGCCCACACACUCCACACAGAGAUGACCUCAUGGGUGUGGGUGGUGACGCUGCCUACCAACACCAUACAACCAGACAGUAGUGGGGCACCCGAGCCUCCCUCCAGUCUUACCUUCGGGAACGCGAUUCAGGUGGUGAACACCCAUGCUAAUGGCAUGCUGAAGGGCGUCCUACUGAUGCAGGAGCAAAAGCACACAUUCUUACUGCCUUCAUCAUCGUUCCCUUGGAGAACCUUCCUCAGUAACUCUCCGAAACCUGCUAAGGAAGUCCCGAGCAGGGGACGCGUGCAUGUGGGCGGGAUGAUGCCGCGGCCUGACUGGUUCUGGGAGUUGACUCUAGUGGGAUCCUACGCCACUCAUAACCUCAGCCUCUUCAAGCCUCUCUGGCCCCAGACAUCCUACGACUUCCACGGAGGCAACAUUUACAUCGCAUUCUCACAGAAAGCCGGGACCAUUGAGAACCAAGUCAACACCGACGUGAUGGACGCGCGAGGCUACCUGGCUGACAUACUGAAGAUCGUGAUGGAAGCGCUCAACGGGACGGGCGUCCUGCGGCUGACCCAAGGCGCCGGCGACAAGGACAGCAAGGGGACCUGGAACGGAGUCAUAGGAGUCGUUGUGAGAGGCGAGGCGGACAUCGGCGCGGUGGACUUCAUGCCGAACCACCAGAGAAAGGAGGUGGUGGACUUCAGCGUGGCCAUCGGUCAGGAUCCGGUCAUCAUCUUCUCCAGCGCCCCCUACAUCAUCAUCAAGCCAAUGCUCCUCCUGCAGAUAUUUUCCCCUGAGGUGAGUUGACCUCUCCAAGACAACCGUGACGUGCUGGUGAUGUAUUCUGACAAUAUUAUCAUUCUUCCACCUCAGUUCAGUGUGACCUUAGCGUGCUGAGUUAAAAGUGGUGAUUCAGAUGCCAAGACUUUUAUUUAUCAGUCUCGCGGGCGUGGCUCUAACAGGUGUGGGCGUGCCUCGCGGGGACAGUGAUUGUAGGCGGGGCGGUGCUGAGCUGGUUGAGGUGGGUGGAGUCCGGCCUCAUACCCACCACCUCUGACAAGAGUCGCCUUCCGUUCAACGUGAUCUUGGUCUUCAAAAUGCAGGUCUUUCAAAGUAAAUUAUUUGUGAUUUAGCUUUCCUUUCUCCAGAAUGAAACACUGGAGCUUAAGUCACU